CUGUCCUCUGAACGAAUCAGACAAUGCAGACUGAACUCAGCCCAAGACUGUUUUAAAACUUUCUCUGCAGAGAAACCAGACAAGGAUGUCUCUGAAGAAAGGGGAGCUGGCGAAGUAGACCUCAGACUGUAGAAAAGAGAUCCUCUUCACUGAAAAGCCCUCCUGGUUUUAUUUUUAUGGUAACUUCCUGUCAAUUUAGAGAUCUUAAAAACUGAACAACAAUUAUAAAUAUUCUAAAUCUCCUCUCAUGAAUCAUCAGGCGGACUGUGGUUAAAGGGAAAAAGAGAAAGAUGGAGAAUUUGUUUGAUUUUGAAGGCGGCUCUCUGGAUUACAGGGCCUUCGCCCCUCAAACGGACCAAAAAGAUGAACUCAUCACUAGUCUGAUGUCGUUUUCUGUCCUCUACAACCAGCGCAGGGAUCAUCUUCAGAGAGUUUCAGAGAGCUUCACACUGACGGCUGUUCGACUUCAUGAUGACGCUCCAGAGAGUAAACCGGUCCGGGUUGUGUUCGCCGUGUUUGGAGGAGCUCUGGGUGCAGCCUGCGGGGUUGUCUCUGGAGGAGUUUGGGGCUUCUUGGGCGCUGUCAGUGCUGCAACUCUCACCAGGAUUUGUGGUCAAAUUAACGCUGUCGGUGCGACAGUGGGCUUCUUCGGCAGUGUGUUGGGCGGAGUGGUUGGUGGAGUUUUCUGUGGAGCUGUGGGGGGAGCGAUCGGAGCAGCAGUAGGAGGAUCUGAUUGUCUGGUUCACAGCGUCGUGAGCGAUGUGGCCUGGUUCUCCAUCGGCUGUGCCACUGGAGGAGCGAUCGGAGGAACUUUUGGGGGGGCAGUUGGUGCCACAGGAGGAGCGGUUGGUGGUGCUUUUGGUGGCUGGUGCGCCACAAGAUUCUCAGUUUACUUGACUGGGAGCAUCUUCGGACGAAUUCAGGGGAGCAAAGAUUUAAAAACACAGAGAAAGCAGUCGGAAAAGUUGAAUUUGAUCCAAGAAACAGCAGGAAACUUCAGAGAAACCAUCAAACCUCUAAUAGGAGAGAUGAGGACUGUCCAAUCAUUAAUGACCGACAGAGAGAAUGUGCACGGCGUAGCAGCACAGAUAGAAAAGACUCUGGCAUCUGUGAAAUAACUCUGAGUGACUCUCAGAGAGCUGCAGAUCACUCACAGUUUGUUUCCAGUGUUGAAGAAGCAGCAAGACAAAGUGAGAAAAUCACCAAAGAGCUGCAGACGACGGGAGAAGAAGUGGAGAAACUUUUGGUUUCACUGAGAAAAUCCUGAAAACAAUAAAACAACUGGGACAAACUCAUUAGAACUGUAGUGUACAUAACUCUGGUAAAAAUGGAGAAUUAAACAGAAGGAAACAUCCAUACAUCCAUUAUCCACUGGAGCAGACAAAGACUUACAUCUUUGGAAACAUUAAGAGACUACUGCCAAAGAUAGGCUUUUCUCUUGUGGUUCUUUCAACUAAAAUUUACUUUAGGGCUUUUUAGUCUUUUAUUUUGAUAUGACAAUAAUUAGAAGAGGAAUCAGUGAGAUAGAACAAUAAAAGACCUGAGGGAAAGGAACCUCAGGACUGACUAAAACAAAAUUAUAAGAAAAUGUCAAUACAAAGCCCUGGAGUUCAGGUUGAUCUCUUCAAAUGUCUUUUUUUUUUUAAUCUUUAAAAAAAGAACAAUCAAAUAGGCAAAAACGUGGAUUCUUUUUGUGGCAAAAUAUCCUAUUUGCUUUAAAUGACUGCACAAGAUUAAAGAAACAGCUAUCAGUUUUAUGAUCUAUUAAUUAAGCGAUUAUUUUAUGAGGAGGAAAAUUGAAAAUCUGUGAUUAAUAUCGACUAUCAGCUGUUAAUCCGUUCAUGGUUCUUUUAGUAAAAAUAGGAGCAGACAAACUGACAGUAAAUACUGACGGAGCUCUGACAGUAGAGAGAUCCGCCACAUGAGAGCAGGUCUCAGGAGGAAAACUCAAAGUGAUUUCUGUCUUUUUGUUGUUCUUCUUAUUUCCUCUCUUUGAUCGAUAAAAGAUCCUCGGGGUGAAAAGGUCAGCGGCAGAGAAACACUUUGUUUUACUGCCAUGGUUUCUAAACUCUUCGAUAAAAGGAGAAAUACAUCAGCAAGGUCCAAAAACCAUGUCCUCUGCUUUACAGGAAGUCUGAAGUUUGAAUUUCUGGCAUUUUUCAGCUGUUCCUUAGUGUUUUUGUGCAGCAUUUUCUCUGAUUCCUCCUCUCCAUUGUGUAAACCAGGUUUAAUUAACUCUAACUACAUGCUGUUAUUAUGUUGAUGAGUAUUUUGUUUGCUUUUCAAAUAUAGAAAUAUAGAGCAGCCUUUGAGGGUUUUAUAUGCAAAUGUAACUCUCAAAAAUCAAAAAUAAAGGCAAUUAGACUCUUCU